AUGGCAGCAGUUACGGCGUUCUUUGAGAAGAACAUCGCUCAUGAGAAGGAAAAGCCUUACUUAUGGGAGGGGCCAGACAAAGGAAAUUUUCCAAAGUCAAAUUUUAAAAUGAAAGAAAUGGAGUUGAAUUUGACAGACAUUCGCAGCGUGCCCGACUUUAAACCUUCUAUUGAGGAAAAUGGCUUCUGCUUUGCAAAGAACAAAUCCAAGGAGGUGGCAGGAAUGACGGGCUGUGAGGACUGCCAUUCUUAUCUAGGAGAGAUGGCUCAGUAUCUCAAGCAGCUGUUUGGAACAGAUGAAGUAUGGGCAAUAAACGCAUACUUUCGAAAUGCGCGGACUUCAGGAGGCCGCACAGGGCGUCUGCUUUUUGCUCAUCUAGACAAUACUGUGAACAGUUCCUGGAGCCGUAUCUCCCCAUUCUUAACAGUUGAAGAGCGGCAGCGCGUUAUCUCAGGUCAGACACGCGCGAGGAUCAUCAACAUAUGGCGUCCUAUGAGAGAUCAUGCCGAGGACAUACCGUUGGCAGUGUGCGAUCCAAAAACUAACACAGAUCUCGGUGAUGUUGUCGCUGUAGACCUGAUUCAGGACGACCGGCCUGCUAAAGAACUGGCAUACUUUGCGUGGAACCCUAACCAUAGGUGGUACUGGCUGAGCAAUCAAACUCCGGAAGAGAUCAUCAUUAUGACCCAGUACGACACCCACCCACCAGGAGGAAUGUUCAACAUUGUCCCUCAUGCCGCUUUCCGAAAUGGUGGGGCUCGGCCUGGCUGUCCUGCUCGCCAGAGCGUUGAAGCACGAUUUAUUGUUUUGGAGCCUGCACCCUAUCAGAAGCAUGGUCCUGGCCCGGCUGGUCCUUUUCCAGAAGACCCUCGAGCUCAACCCUGGAAGGCAUUCGUUAAAUUGCCUGAACCUGAAUCUGCACCAGCGCCUGAUGUUGAUACCAGACCGUUGUAUCUUUAA